GGGUGUGAGGCCGCCUUUCGCUGCCCGCACGCUCCGGUGGCCCCUGGGCCCACCGGCACCCGUCUCGGUCUGAGCGUAGCCCCUGCGCGCCCGCGGGCCGCCUGUAGCCAGGCCUCAUGGCCUCCGAGGCGCGGUCCCCGCCGCCCUCGCCGCCUUCCUUGUCCCCGUCGCCGCCCACCUCCUCCGAGCCUGAGCUGGCCCAGCUGAGGCGGAAGGUGGAGAAGUUGGAACGUGAGCUGCGGAGCUGCAAGCGGCAGGUGCGGGAGAUCGAGAAGCUGCUGCAUCACACGGAGCGGCUGUACCAGAGCGCGGAGAGCAACAACCAGGAGCUCCGCACGCAGGUAGAAGAACUCAGUAAAAUACUCCAUUGUGGAAGAAAUGAAGAAAGUAAAAAGGCUGAUGUAGAAGUACAAACAGAGAACCAUGCUGCCUGGUCACCAUCAGAUUAUUUUUAUCAGACAUACCAUAAUGAUGUUAGUCUUCCAAAUAAAGAAACUGAAUUUUCAGUUCAGCAAAGUCAGGAUAUUGAAAUUCCUAAUGCUAAAGACGAGUCACACAUAGAAAGUGAUGCUUAUGCUGGUACUGAUCUGACAGAAGAUACUAAAUGUGGGGAGGAAUACCAUUUUGCCUCAGAUUCACAGGAGCCAGCAUCUGCAUUAGCAACAGAAGAUACAUCCAUAGAAGGUUCAUCAUUAGCUGAAAGUCUGAGAGCUGCAGCGGAGGCUGCUGUUUCACAAACUGGAUUUAGUUAUGAUGAAAAUACUGGACUGUAUUUUGACCACAGCACUGGUUUCUAUUACGAUUCUGAAAAUCAACUGUAUUAUGAUCCUUCUACUGGAAUUUAUUACUACUGUGACGUGGAAAGUGGUCGAUAUCAAUUUCAUUCUCGAGUCGAUUUGCAGCCUUAUCAGACUUCUUGCUCAAAACAAGGUAAAGAUAAAAAAUUGAAGAAGAAAAGAAAGGAUCCAGAUUCAUCUACAGCAAAUGAGGAAAAGGAUUUCAAUUCUGAAGAUCAAAAAGCCUCCAAUGUUGAACAUACAAGCUGCAAUGAGGGAGAAAAUUUUGCAAAUGUGAAAAAGAAGGCCAAAAUAGACACUCGUUACAAAAAUAGCCCCCCAAAAUCUGUUCCAGUUAGUGGAAAAACUGUAGACUCUCCUCUUCAUGAAAACAUCUCUAGUUCAACUUCACUUAAAGAGGAGAAAAUCAUUGAGACUGAUAGUGAGCCAGAGGAAGGGGAAAUUACAGACUCUCAGACCGAGGACAGUUAUGAGGAAGCUAUUACCAGUGAAGACAGUGUCACUGGAGAAGAUACUGAGGAUGAUGAUGAAGAAAAAAUUUGGCCCCCGUGUAUUAGAGUAAUUGUUAUUAGAUCACCAGUGUUGCAGACAGGAUCACUUUUUAUCAUUACAGCAGUAAACCCUGCUACAAUUGGAAGAGAAAAAGACAUGGAGCAUACUCUUCGAAUUCCUGAAGUUGGUGUCAGUAAGUUUCAUGCAGAAAUUUAUUUUGACCAUGACUUACAAAGUUAUGUCCUCGUGGAUCAAGGCAGUCAAAAUGGCACUAUUGUUAAUGGAAAACAGAUUCUUCAGCCAAAAACUAAGUGUGACCCUUACGUACUUGAGCAUGGAGACGAAGUCAAAAUUGGAGAAACUGUGUUGUCCUUUCACAUUCACCCUGGUAGUGAUACCUGUGAUGGCUGUGAACCAGGGCAGGUUAGAGCUCACCUUCGCCUUGAUAAGAAGGAUGAAACGUUUGUUGGUCCAACACUAAGUAAGGAGGAAAAAGAGUUGGAAAGAAGGAAAGAAUUAAAGAAAAUACGAGUGAAAUACGGUUUACAGAAUACAGACUACGAAGAUGAGAAGACAUUGAAGAAUCCAAAAUACAAAGAUAGAGCUGGAAAACGUAGGGAGCAGAUUGGAAGUGAAGGGACUUUCCAAAGAGAUGACGCUCCUGCAUCUGUUCAUUCUGAAAUCACUGAUAGCAACAAAGGUCGGAAGAUGUUGGAGAAGAUGGGUUGGAAAAAAGGAGAGGGCCUGGGCAAGGAUGGUGGAGGGAUGAAAACUCCGAUCCAGCUUCAACUUCGGCGAACACAUGCUGGCUUGGGAACAGGCAAACCAUCAUCAAUUGAAGAUGUUCACCUUCUCCAAAACAAGAGCAAAAAAAACUGGGAUAAAGCACGAGAGAGGUUUGCUGAGAACUUUCCAGAAACAAAACCUCAAAAAGAUGCACCAGGGAGCAUGCCUUGGGUGAAAGGGACUGUAGAGUGAAGGUCAGUCAUAGAACAAAAUUCAAAUUUUUGAAAAAAGUGUUUUAAGACUCUUAUUUUAUUUAAUAAUUUUUCUCCCCAAAAGUCAGUGGCAUGAGGAAACUGUAUCACACUUUACCGCCUCAUGAUUCAGAUAUGUAUAAUAAAGUAUGUUUAAAGCUGUUCUUUAAAACUACUAGAUAGUGACUGAAUCAAGUUACGCAGUAAGCAGACUAAAGUUCACAGGGCACACAUGAGCUUUUCAAGUUUUGUUGUUUUUAUCUUGUCUUUUACAAAACCCAUAUGAGCAACUGGCCAUAAAAGCGAAAGUCAUGUAACCACUAAUGACUCGAAUGCACAUUUGUCCUUAUACCUUUAUCCUUCUCUUCAUUUAUUCGUUACUGUGAGAUGCAAGCAAAAGAAAGAAACAUCAAAAGUUUAUAAAACCAAUUCUGACUUAAUUCAUCUUUGUUUAUGCCUUUUAGAACCUAGGUAAAAAAUGUUGAGAACACAUGGAUAGUGGUGCGUAAAUUUUAUUACCUUUAAAAUAGCCUAAGUAAUGUUAAUGAAAUAAUGAACAACUGACAUGCUAUAGAAAAUUAGUCUUUUAUUUUCUUCUGUGAAGAAUCUCCAUUCGUAUUAUAUAUUCAACAUUUACGUUUGGUUUGUUUCAUAGUUAAUGAGAUAUUUAGAUAAGAAUGACUUGAGUACAGUAUUGAAAUACUCAGUGUGCUGGCAUUUGUAGUUUUGAUAAAUACCAUUGCAGGCAAUGGAGUUGUGCCAGAGAAAUAAGAUUUCUAGUGCAAAAAGAUUACCUAGCCAAGGCCUCAACCUUAAGGUAUUCAUUGUUGAAAAUGUGUUCAAAUGCAAUAAAAACAUUGUAAUACUAAAAAGAAUAACUUGUUGAAUCAGUGAUUUGAAUGUGUUGGUCUGCUUUGAAUUUGCAACCAGCCAGAAUUUCCCUCUUAAGAUUAGGGAGUAAUAAAAGGACAGCCUCAAAUAUUGAAGAACUGUAGUACAGCUCUCUGAGCGCAGGUGUCACUGCUCUGCCAGUUGUGGAUAUUCUUCUGUCUGGUGACUUGUCUCUCAGCUUUUUGCUGGGAAAUUAACACAGGAGCUGACCCUUUUCUGGCAGUGACUAUAAGCUGUCCUCCAAGGAGAGGAAAAUUCUGAAAAUAAACAUUACUCAGUAGGGAAAAUAAUUCAAAAUGACUACAUACUGGAAUUUCUACUUUAAGUAAUAUAGGGUAUAUAGGGAAAAAAGGAAAGGGGAGAAUGAAAUAAAUUAUGACUAAAGAUGAGAGAUAUGACCAAUCAAAUCGUCAUAGCCCUACGUCCUACCCUAAGCUGGGUUAAUCAAGCCCAAUAACUUCAAAUUUAGAUGAAAUAUUUUUGGUAUCCUUCCUGACUGCCUACACGGUGUAACACAUAUCUAUCUAUAUGUACAUUAGACUUGGGGGCAACAGGAAUGCCCUGCAUUAUUUUUUUCUAAAAUAGAAAAAAAUAAAUAUAUUGUUCUAAAUGUA